AUAUUGACCGUACGCUGAAAAUCAUAUUGCUGAAUGAGAAUAAACUAACUAAAUAAAUAAAAACGCUGCUUCACGAACAUAUGGUGCCUCAAUAAUUUAACCAGUUCCUUGACGUACGGUAAUUGGAAUUUGUAAUAGCACAGCAUUGUACAGGUACAGCACCAAGGACCAAAAAAAGAACUGAGAGCAGCCACCUAUCAGGCGGCAAUGACACUAAGCCUCCCAGUUGAGACGCUCCUGGCAUGAGGAUCUGACCCAGUGUUGGAGCCAUAAGAUUGCAGAGAAGGAUAGAAUGGCGUGGAGCACAAUCGCCUUGCCCAUCGUGGAAACUUUCACCUUCGCAUCCUCUUGUUACGGAAGCGGUGCGUGGGAAAUGAGACUCCGGGCGCCUGCAGCCCACAGAAAAUUGGUGAAUCCUGCCCAGACAAUCCCAGCCGAGUGCCACCCCCUGGAUUAUAUGUAGGGGCUGCAUGUAUCACCCUUUGUCAUAACUACAGCCAGAAUGCAUCACUGACGCAGUUAGAUGCCGAAAUGUAGUCGGCAUCCAUCUUGGAACAGCAAAACUCGUGUUCAACAAGGGUUGAAGUAGGAUAGGCAAGGACUAAACUUAGGUAGCCACUGUGUUGCUAGGCAGGUGUUUGUGGACCAGGAUAACCCCCACUGGUCUGAGGGGGAGAGAGGAGUUUCCAUUCAGUAGCUAGAAAUCUGCUGCCUUUCCGCCUAAUAUAGCACGCAGACUGCAGGCAAAGGAGCGUAAGAAAAUGACGUACAAAUCUGGUAAAAUCCACACGAAGAUUGAAUUGCUUUCUGGCAGGAAAAAUAAGUUCAUUACCAAAAAGUCACAGAAUAUCCAGGAUGCUAUGCUCAAUUUUAAUAGCUGGGGAGCUUCUCCAACAGGCGCCUUGCUAAGUUGGUAGUCUUCUCUGCUUUGUCGUAGUCCCCUGCCCCCCCUUCUUUUUUCAAUUCUGGUUCUAUGUGCUCUUUACAUACAUCAGUGUCAUUUCCACCGGUAACUAUCCUUUAAGCACAGUAUAUGUGAAAUAAUGUGCUCGCCAGUAUGUAUUUCCUAAUAUUAGCAGUUAAAAUGCUCAAAUACACUUAAUGGAAGAUCUCUCCUCUACAGAAAUACAUAGGUUAUAUGUAAGGAACCUCCAAACUGGAGGUCACGGUUGGAUAAUGCAUUAUGAAGAUAGCACAUUAAUAUUUAUGGACCAGUGUGUAACAUGGUCGAAGUGAUUAGAUAAAGGGAUUCUGCUCCUGGGUUAAUAAAAUCAUGCAAAUAUUUUUUUGAGCAAAUUCCCAGGGAUAGCAGAUAUGCCAUUUCACAAACUAGGAAGUGACUAAAACCGCUCUAGUCAGAUCUGUCUGGUUAAGCGUUCCAUUUUUGGAAACACAUGCAGUGCUGCUUCUAUUACGUUGCUGAAUUGUUCAAUGGAGAAGAGAGGGGGGUUGUCUUUAUAUGUAAUGAUUCACAAUCAUGGCAGAGACUCUCUUGUAUAAAACUAAGAGGGAGAGUUGUGUAGCAUGCGCCUACUCUUUAAGGGGAAAGCUAUUGAACUUUUAUUUCUAUUGUGUAGACAAAAAAAAAUCAGAAGACCAAAACCCCUUAUUUUUUGUGUAUUUUGUUAUAGUCUGUUUGGCUGUGUCACUGGUGAGAUGCAUUGUAGGAGCAAAAUGUUAACUUGUUCCAUUCCCAUGUAGUAUUCUAGAGGACUGGUGUCUCUAUAAAGUUUGUAUAACGGUUCCUAGAGUAUAGAAAAUAUAAUCUGAGUAACUAUUUAAUCCAAACAAAAAUGUAUACCAAAGUUCUACAUAUACAACAAUCUGAAUAAUGCUCAAACAAUGUAAGAAUGAACAAAAAUGUAUUUAUUAUACUAACAAGGAGAUAGAUCCAGGAAAACAUUGACACUUAGUAUUGCCAACAAGUAAAGGCCUUUUAGAAGACAUUCAAAGUAUAGAAUUUUUUUCAGCUUCUCCCAAAAAGGGAGGACCAGCUUUCAGCACGUAGAAUCAAUAUUCGAAAAGCGUGCCAACAGACAUCCAUUCCUGUUAAAUGACCAACAAACUUCACAUGCAGAAUACAUAGAAGGGUAUGUAUGGUUUGAACUGUUCAAUGAGUGACAUAGACACAUGCAGUUAUUACUUGGAAAUAAAAAGGAUUCCAGGGAACCCCCAAUUUAUAUCCUGUCCUGGUAUAAUAAGGCAGGUCAUGUGCAAUUUGUGACCUUUAUGGACAGCAACCAGUAGCUAGCCUUUAUCUUUAAUGUCAUGUCAUGUGUGUCUUCUUUCAGAAGCAGACCUGUUAAAAACACCUGAUAUGUAAUUCAAAAAGCUGUGCACAGCUGGCAAAUCCUUACUGUGCCACAACAAGCAAGUGAAGCCUGCUAUACAGUUGUGAAACAUAUUUGUUUUAAAGCUUAAUUUCUGCUGGUAUUUAGGGAGGCCACAUUUCCAAAAAAUACCAGUCGAUCUAUUUUGUAUUUAUUUUUUAAUUUUUUCCAAAUUCUUAUUGUAAUGUCUUUCUAUGUGAAUGGAACUAGGUAUUGCCCACAUUUUAGAACUACAGCUCCCAUGAGGAUUUGCUAGCCUUUACAACGUAAAUUAAAGUGUGUUUUUAUGAAUUAAAGAAAACAUUGAUAUAUCUCCCCCCUCCUUCCCCUCUCUCUUUAACCCCGUUUAGCAACAGUCACAAUCAGAAGGUACAGAUGCACAUGUUAGAUUUAAUGAGUUCUAUUACCAUGGAAGGAGAUGGUGUAACACAAGAGCUGUUGGACACUAUCCUCAUUAAUCUGAUCCCUGCACAUAAGGUCAGUUAAAUUCCAUUAAACCUACAAAUUUUCAGAAACUAACAAAUGUUUUGUUUUGUCUUGCAUCAUAUGGCGGUUUUCUAGAAUUAAAGGGAGGCAUCUUCAAUGUUACCCAAUCCUCAGAACUAUCUGCCAAGCACACUGAAUGCUCUUCUACCAGAGAGAGCUGGGCUACUGCUCUUCUGAUUGGUGUGCAUAGUCUAGUUCACAAAAUAGUGAACUCCUUCCCUUGCAAACGGAUAACAGAGCAGUUCAACUCCUCAUAUGUGAUAAAACUGCGAUGUUUUGCAUUGACCGCAAAUAGUCUAUGCACCAACAGAAUUUCAUUACGAUGUGAUUUUGGUACUUUGUGUCCCUUUACAUUUUCAAGUAUACUGCCUAAUAAAAGGUCCUUUCAAGGGCCGCCUACAGCAGUCUGUGCUCAUUUGCCUGUUUGUCUCAAGCAAUUUGUUUCUGACAUUUGCCUUGUAAUGUACAGAUGUUGGGAAUAUGUUUCAAAUUAUAUAUCAUAUACUUGAGUAUUAUUAUUGUACUUCAUUUAGAAUGCAUGGUUUGAUGUGUGGGUGUUUUAUUUUUUAUUUUGUUCCCUUUGUAUUUUUGUAUAGAUACCUUUGUAUUUGACACACCACAUAUUUACAUGCCACUAAGAUUCAUAUAUUUGUAAAUGUGUGCUUACUUUCUCUUUCUCUCUCUCGCUCUCUCUCUCCAGAAUCUAAACAAGCAAGCGUUUGAUUUGGCCAAAGUUCUUUUGAAGAGAACAGCUCAAACCAUAGAGCCAUGUAUUGCUAAUGUAAGUAUUUGUGUUUAACAUUCACGAUGAAAAAAAAAAAGAUGUUUUUAUACCUGAAACAGAAAUUGUUAAUAGUGCUUAUGUACUUCAUAGUUCUAUAAGAUAUUGCCAGACAUGACAUCCUCAGUCAUUGCAGACUUUUGAAUUCCUGUGACUCAUGCAUGCUCCACCUCUGGAUGUGGUGUUGUAUUUUCACGAGCCAUGCUGUUUCAUGUACAGGAUAUAUAUAGAUAUAUCUAUCUAGAUAUAUAUAGAGAGAUAGAUAGAGAUAUAGAUAAACUGAGAUGCUUGCACUCCUGGAUUAGAGAGUAAUUGUCCGGUGCUGGUCAGGCACAAGAUACAAAAAAAUGAUUGGAAAUGACCGCACUCCAAGGACUUGUUGAUGGUAAAAAUAAAAUAUAACUUUUAUUCUAUAUCAUAUAAAAAUAUCGACGUUUCAGCCCCAAUACAUGGGCUUUCAUCAGGAUGCCAAUACAAUACACAAAUGCAUAUAAAAUACUUAUAUAGCAAAACAUAAAAGGAUACUAACAAGCAUCAUGUGUGAGAGAACCAAAAUGGCGUUCAAACUGCACGUGGAAGAGCUGAUCAGAGUGCUUCUACCGUAGUUGCUAGGCACUGCGUUCCAUUUGGUUGCUAGGUGAUCAGUGGAAUGCAAUUUCACCCGACUGCUAUGCUGUUAGAUCAGUAGACACAGAGCUAGUAUUGCUGUGUGUAUGGAUUGUUUUAUUUAUAUAUAUAUAUAUAUAUAUAUAUAUAUAUAUAUAUAUAUAUAUAUAUAUAUAUAUAUAUAUAUAUAUUUUUUUUUUUUCUUCAUAAAGAGAGCAAGGGCUAGAGGUACUUUUGAUUAAAAUGUGUAUGUAGUGCUAGAUAAAAAUGUUAUUAACUUAGCGUGGUAAAACAGUUAUGUGCGUUGCUGACUGAUAAAUUUACUAAGCUGCUGUCAGAAUUGUACUGAGUAACCAUUUCUUUGUUUUGUUUUUAGUUUUUUAACCAGGUUUUAGUGUUGGGUAAAUCUUCAGUGAGCGACUUGUCUGAGCAUGUCUUUGAUCUAAUACAAGAACUAUUUGCAAUAGAUCCCCAUUUGUUGCUGUCUGUUAUGCCUCAACUGGAAUUCAAACUUAAGGUAAGUCCAUCACUGUGAAUCCUAUAUUAAAUGUAAAGAAAUGUAUUGGUUUUACCAGCAGAGUGAGUCAUUGUUCCUUGGUAAGAUUCUCAGAUCAGUCAUUUUCAAGAUUCCAAGACAUGCAUUACUUUGUUCUAAUUGAUGGUAUUUAUAUAAAAAAAAAAAAAAAAAAGCUUUCUGCAGAAUGUACACACUAUAGGAGAGAAACCAAUCUGGAAUAGGCCUACCUUGAUUUAACAUUGGAAGUCUUUCCUGCAGUGUAUUAAUUUCUGAAGACAUGCACUCUACAUACAUUAACAAUCACCAUGCUGCUUAAUGUGUCCAAGGAAGCAUAGUGGAUAUGGUAGAUAUUUGAAAUAGAUGUCUGACUCUCAUGAAAUAUGUAUGUUGUUUUUCCCAUAGAGUAACGAUGGAGAAGAACGUCUGGCUGUUGUGCGUCUUCUUGCAAAGUUAUUUGGGUCAAAGGAUUCUGAUCUAGCUACACAGAACCGCCCACUAUGGCAGUGUUUCCUGGGCCGGUAAGGAUUUCUGUUGUGCAGGAAGGCUGUGCUUACUAUAAAGGCCACAGAAAUCAUAGAAGCCAUUUAGCCACUGUUACUAUAAGCUUUCAAACAGCACUGAGUAUGCGAUCAUGUAGUUGGUUACAUGGCAGACCUGGAAGGGUUGAAUUUCUGCUUACCAAUGGCAAGUGGAAAUCUUGAACCCUGCAUAUUAAUGCGAAGGAGAAUGUGCUUAUAAAAUUGAGAACAUUCCACUCGCACGGUGUAUAUACGGUCACAUUUUGUCUUUAUUAAUUUCUUUUAUUUUGUAACAAUUGAGGUGGUGUUCUUAUUGACUUUUAUGACAUGUAGACAUCCUUGACAUAAUCAUUCUAUGACCAAUAAAAUGUCGCCCUUUUUCCAUAAUUACUCUCUCCUUGCCUCUGUGAUGGCACUUUUUGUUUGUUGCAGGUUGGAGAGAAUGCAUUCUUGAAAUCUCUUUACUUGUGUUAUCAUUUGUUAUUUUAUCGUGAACACCUGCUCUAAAUGCAAAAAAAGAAAAGAAAAAAAAUAUCAGAUUGAUCAAGCAACACACGCUAACCUAAAUCUUUUAACCAAAUAGUGGUUGUGCUUAUUUUGAUUUUUUGAUUAUUUUUUUUUAAUUACUUUUGGUUAAUGAGGUCGUUGUAAACAUAAAGCUCUGUCUUCCCUAUUACUUCUGUUCUAGUUCGUGCAAUGGUGUCUUCUCUUUACUUGAUUGGAGAAUUUUGUUUUUGGUUAUUUUCUCCUGAGUUGUCCUAUAUUCAUCAAUAAAACCAGGAACUAGAGCCAUUAUCACUGCACUCUAAAGUACAGAAAAUGUGGUGACUAGUCUAUUACCCAAGUUAUGAAUGAGUUGUUAGGGUUUCAAUCUGUCAUCCUUAACCACUGCAAAUUAAUAGGAAAAGGCACAAUUGGAUAACUGGAACACUGAUGUGGAGUGAUGAAGCAACCUGUAUUUAAAUGUCAGUUAGUUAAAAAAUUUACAUUAUCUCCAUAUGUAGUAAAUGAAGCAAAAUACUUUUGUUUCAUCCAUCUUGAAAUGGAUUUAUUCAUAGCCUGUGUUUGGAAAGGGUAAUUCAGCAGAUGGGUAGUUACUCAAAUGAAUUUUCUAGUGAUUUUCUGAAUUGGAAAAAUAUAGUUACAACAGAAGUAUGUUUACAUAAUCUAGUUUGUUUUUCUGCUCUCCUUCUAGGUUUAAUGAUAUUCAUGUCCCUGUCAGAUUAGAAAGUGUGAAAUUUGCCAGUCAUUGUUUAAUGAACCACCCAGAUCUGGCUAAGGAUCUAACUGGUAAGUUGCAAAUAAUCAUGAUAUGCAUUUCAUGUAAAGCACAAAUGUCUUAAAUAAAUUAGCAGUAUUUGUGAUUUGUCAAUGUGCCUGGCUUAAUAUGUGAUUAGGGAGUGUGCAGGGGUUUAGAAGAAUCCAACUUUCUGUCUUUUUAAAUAUAUUGUCAGCAUAACGGAAAAUGCCCAAUGUUGGCUACGGAUAUGUUCUAUACAAAAGCAAUGAUUUGUCAUUUUCCACACGUAGUUAUGCUUCAACAUAAAUUAUCUCUGAAUUUGUUAAAUAAAUUGUAUAUCACAGAUAUACAUGAUGUAUCCAAUGUAAAGUUUUGAGAAAUAAACUACUUUUUAUCCAGUGCUGCCAUGUCUUGAGCUUUGUGGGAGCUACUCUUCUGUAACACCCACCUCUUUUCUGUCCGGUCUUUUUACAUUUAUAUUUUUUAUUUGCCCUGCUUAGGGAUGCUUUCUCAAGCUGAGCUAACCACCUCUGUGACACCGACAUACUGGCUUAGUUGUCAGCAUGCCGGUAUCUGACAUUAGUCACUCCAUUUUUAUACUCCCUAACCAGUACUAGCAGUGUCUUAGUUACCAUCGCAAAAACUGCGCAUGUGCUCUGAUUACUUUGUAGAGCAGAAAGGUUGCCUGUGUGAUUUAUUUUCUAGUUUUCCUUGUCCAUUAAUAGACUGUAUGCAGAAGAAUUGACCGACAGGUGUGAAACCUUUUUUUUUUAUUUUUCUUUUUCUUUUUUUUUUUUUUUAUGGGAUUUUCUGUCUUAAUUUCCUAGCAAAUCUUGUAGCUCAAUGUAUAGAUAUAAUGGGUACGCUCUUUCAAAAGAGCAUAAUUUAUAGGAACUGUGGCAGGGUACCCUUUAAAGAGGGACUGCCACAUUCUCAACUUUGGCUCAAAAAGUUAGCUAUUGGUUAUGAUACAAACUAAAAAAAGUUAUAUUUACACUCUUAAGUAAAUAAAUGUGGUAACUCUUGUGGUGCCAUUUCCAGACACUGCUGGAAAAAAAAAUUGUAUAUGUAAUUUCUUGGUUAAAUGCACAGGCACCAAUGCUCUUACCCGAGACAUCCUUGCUGCUAAGUGCAAUUUUGUUUCAGGGAGUGGGCAGGGUGGUUAACUUACAUUGUCUGUUCUUCACCCUGGUAAACGCAGCAAUUGCAUUUAAUAGGUGAUGGAACUGUCACUUUGGGAGUAACUAUUGCUCUAUAAGGUGCUGCAUAUUUAAAGGACCAUUAUAGUCACCCAGAUCACUUCAGCUCAAUUAAGUGGUCUGGGUGCCAGGUCCCCCAGGUUUUAACCCUGCAGUUGUAAACAUUGCAGUUUCAGACAAACUGCUAUGUUUACAUUGCAGGGUUAAUACAGCCUCUAGUGGACGCUCAAUGCGAAAAUCGAAUGGAGCACGCAGAACGUCCAUAAGAAAGCAUUGAGAAAUGCCUUCCUAUGGGCGUUUUUAAUGCUUGCGCGGCUAUUGCCGCGCAUUCAGCUCCAGUCGUGAGCUGACGUUGAAGGGGUAGGAGAGGUCACCAGCGCCGAAAGGAGCCCGGGACUGGAUAAAGGUAAGUGGCUGAAGAGGUUUUAACUCCUUCAGCCCAGCGGGAGGGGGCCCAGCGGGAGGGGGGACCCUAAGGAUUAUAUAUUGUCAGGAAAAUUAGUUUGUGAUCUAUAGUGAUCCUUUAAUAAAACCUCCCUUUAACCCCUUAAGGACACAUGACAUGUGUGACAUGUCAUGAUUCCAUUUUAUUCCAGAAGUUUGGUCCUUAAGGGGUUAAAAGAGUAUUGAAAUCUAAAGCUUCCCGUUCUAUAUAUCUUGCAUUAAAGUGACUUCUCUUUAAAAUUAUGUAAUUCAUUUUAGGGAUUGACCGAUAUUGAUUUAUUUUUUAGAGCCGAUACCGAUAAUCUGUGAAUUUACCGAUUAUUGAUAUACUGUACAUUUACCGUUUUGAGAAAAUAAAUAAUUUCUACACAAAUCUACUGUUAACUAAACAUGUUAUUUAUUUUUGCAAACUUUUUUUUUAUUAAGUGGUGAAUGCAAAACAUAUACAUGCCUAUCAGAUCUUUUUGUUUUUUGUUUUCAAGAAUAUUUAGUGUACCUCUCCUUUCCCUGUCCCUUAGUGUACCUCUCACAUCACUGGCCCUUAGUGUACCUCUGCCCUCCCUGGCCCUUAGUGUACUUCUCCUCUCGCUGGCCCUUAGUGUAGCUCUCUCCCCCACCUUCACUCCCCCAUAUUGGUCCUCUCCCAUAUCUUGUAGCAUGGCUGAGAAGAGCGGACCGCAAUACAGGAGUUUCAAUUUCCUGUACCUGGCCUGAUGGACAGGAAGUGCUCUCUUAGUGAGCACUUCCUGUCAGUCCGGCCAGGUACAGAAAACGAAAGCUCCUGUACCACGGUCCGCUCUGCUCCACUUAACCAUGCUACACAGAGUGACUGGAAGGGGGGAGAGCUGUGCGCCUUCUUCCUGCCGGUCUCUUGAUUCUUGUGCCCCCAGAGCCGGUGAGCCGUAAUGCGGCCACAUGUUCCGCCUUAUGGAAUUAUCGCCAAUAUCGGUAUCAAAAGUGGCAAAAAUCUGGAAUAUCAUCUGAUCAUAUCAGUCAAACCGAUAAUUGGUCUAUCCCUAAUUCAUUUAUAUUUUUAAAACCUGAAAUUUUAAAAUCUCCCUUAAACUUAAACCUGUAAUCUUACUCAAAGAUUUGCAGCCAGUAAAUGCUUCUCAAAGAGAAGCUUAUUGCGCGACUAUUGCCUCAAUAUUCCAGUACGGAGCUUUGCUAUGAGAAUUGAUUGCUAUUCAUACACGGUUAUUCAUUAAAGUUAGACUUCAAGUUAAAUUCCGAUUUUAAAGUAAAAAAUAGCCAAACUGGAAUAAUUAAAGUCCUUUAUGCUUUCAGUUCUGUUACUCUGGCCUUUACAGACCGGAUUGUUUAUUUAAAAAAAAAAAAAAAAGCAGUAUUUGUGGCAAAAAACUGUUUUUAAUCUUAAGCAUUUAUGCCCCAUAGUCAUUGCAUUAAAUCAAAGGAAAUGUUGUGUUUUAGACUGUUCCUUUAAUGUAUCUGUCCCUCUCUUUAUAUGAAGAGAACAUUAGGAUUACCAGCUGGAAAACCAUUCUUGAUACUCUACUGCAAAUAACAAAAUGUAAUCCCUGACAUUCAAUCUUUUAUUGUAACAGAACAUGUGUUUGAUCUUGUUUUUCUUACUGCUUCAUUCAGCUUGUGUAGGUGGAAAACAUGCGUGAUAAGGGGGGAGUUAUUUAUGGGUUUCAGUGCUUUUCAUCACUGGGUUGGUAAUCAGUUGUCAUGCUUGGGGAAAAUAAGACUUUAGUUCUAUUUUUGAUGACUGCGAGGUGGAAUCUGCUAACUGGUGUCAAUAUUUCCAGAGUUUUUAAAGGUGAGAUCACAUGAUCCUGAAGAAGCAAUUCGUCAUGACGUUAUUGUCACAAUAAUCACUGCUGGAAAGAAAGAUCUUUCUCUGGUAAAUGACCAGUUACUUGGCUUUGUGCGAGAGAGAACACUGGAUAAAAGGGUAAGAAACUGUUAAUUAUGAAUUGGAAUGGAACAGGUGACAACAAGAACUCCAGUAUUGUUGCACACAUGGGGGAAAAAAACAUUGAAACUUAAAUGUUCUAAUAAACAAAAUCUUGAGUCCUAAAGCAUGUUAAUAAAACAAUGACAGAUCUGUUUGUUUUUUUGUUUGUUUUUUAAAGUAGCACUGUCACACAGCAAUUUGUUUACAUGCAUAUGUUUAAAAUUAUAAAGCAAGAAGAGUAUUUUUCCUCUAAGUAACCUGUAGCUUAUUUAGCAGGACUUUUAUUUUCAAACUCUUCGUGACAGUUACAGAUGAAUAGCUUGCACAGAAUGCACAAAGAUAGCAGCCUAUAUGCUGAGUAGCUUCCAGCUGUUCACCGUGCAGAAAAUAAAUCGUUAUCUGCUAUCUGAUUAUGUGCCCAAAAUGCCCAAGUUUACGUAGAAAUUUUUUGUUUAUGCUUACAAAAAGAAACCUGCUGAACAGAUUGAAAAAAAUUGAUAUACACAAGGUAUAGUACAUUAGACUAAUGACAGAAUCAUUUUAAAAGCUUCAAAACACAUGAAAACCUCUUUCCUAGUUAUGAGUCCAGUUAUUCUCGAAUCAAUUCAACCUAGUAAAAGUGUGUCGGACAAAAUUUUGGUGCUUUGUAAGAAUUAUUUUUCAGCACGUUUAGACAAUUGGUUAUAGUAGCAUUGAUAUUCCUACUGCUGUAGUUCAGCUGAAAAAAAAACAAUUUAAUCAAGAUUGUAGAUGGAAUAUUGCCUUUAUCGAUGAAACAAUGAUGCUUAUCCUUUAAGUACUGCCUGGGAGCAUGUAAAUGCUGUGUAUUUUGGCAGUUUUACUUGUAGAGGCCUUUCAUGAUGCCAUCUAGUGGUAGAAUGAGAAAUGCUUUGUAUGUCGCUAUUAAAAGGAACACAUUCAUUAUUUGCUAAAAUGUGAAUUUUUAGAUAUUCAAAGUGACUUUUUAAUUUUUAGGCAAAAUUGAAGUACCUCUCAAAAUAGUUUUCAGAUUUGAUAUUUUGACCUAAAAUAUGAAAUUCACUUUGAAUCCCUUACAAUUAACUUUUUAUGUAAAUAAGAUAGACGUAGAUGAUGUUUUCUUCUUUGGUGUCAAGAUUUUUUAUUUUCACUUAUUAGAUAAUUAGUGUCUUAUUUUCUCCAUCACAACCAGAAGCUCAAACUGUGAUAUUAAGUAGCACUGUGCAAUAAGAUUUCAGAUGCAUGCAUUUGGAGGGGGGGAGUGGUGCAUGCAUUUUAAAUGCAACCAUGAAGUGCAACUUCUUAUUAUAGGGCAAAAAAUACCAUAGAAAAUUUUAUAUAGCAAAAUGUUUAAUUGUUCAAUAAAGUGCAAGUCCAUAGUGCAUACUGUUUAAAUUAAAAGUACUCCCAUGUCACCCCCCAAAAUGGUGCACUCGCAUCAACCAGAAUCUAUUUGGUCUGGGAUGAAGCGAUUUUCAGGGAGAGAGGUGUAUACCUAACAUUGUUCUCAGUGUGGAUCUUUCUGUGGCAACUGCAGCAACAAACAAGGGGAGCCCAAUUGCGUUACACUAAUUUCAAAACAAAGCUAAAAUUAGAAUGUUAAGAUUAAGUUACUGUGGGCUCAAACUGAACAAGACCCACAAAGAGGGUUUAUUUAUUACUCUAAUCCCUAUUUAGAGCUGCCGCUCAAAGAGACCUCGUAGCUCUGGUCACAUGAAGAAAGGCCCCUGUGUGCUGGUUUUUGCCCAAUGGGCUUCAUCUAUUCAUAUAUAGUAUUUGUGUUUCUUCUUAGUGGAGAGUCAGAAAAGAAGCAAUGAUGGGGCUUGCUCAGCUCUACAAGAAAUAUUGCCUCCACAAUGAAGCUGGGAAAGAGGUUGGGGAGAAAGUGAGCUGGAUAAAGGAUAAACUCUUACAUAUAUACUAUCAAAACAGCAUUGAUGACAAGUAAGUUCAAUAUCUUUCACAUUGUAGAGCAGGAUAACCUGCUGAAGUUUUCUUAUUUAUUUUCCCUUUUCUCAAUAGUCUUCUUCAUUUUGUUUAUUUAACCUGCACUAUAUAGAGUUCAUAUGAUGCACAUUAAAGGAGUUAAUGAGAACAAACAAAGCAGCCACCUUGUUCCCCAUACUGCAGCCUUUAAUGCAGCAUACAGAGCAGCACCUUUUAUGUAAUAAACAUUAGUGUGAGAGGGAUGAAUGUCCAGCUUAGAACUUUGGACCUGGAAACCCACUUUUAAUAUUGUGUGUCAGGGAUGUUAUUUACUAUUGAUAGUUAUUAUUUUAUAAAACAAUAUAUAAAAUAGUUUCUCUGCACUAUUUUGGAUGGGCUCUAGGUUAAAGUUUUCUCUCUCCCCCCCCCCCCUUUUAUUUUAUAAUAAUCAAGGUUCUAAUAGUAUCUAAAACCCAUGUUAGAUUCCUCACAGCUGCUAUAUCUUCAGUCCACCUUAAUUUUUUUGUCUUUGAUAAGAAUGUGAUAUAAAAAUUUUUGUUUAUUUAUAGUGCACAUAUCACCAGUUGUCUGCAAAUCAUGUGUUAUCGUUUUGUUUACAGUUAUACUAUUUAUAGUUUAUGGUUUUUUUUGUUAUUCCACAUUUCACAUUUCUGUUAGUUUGUUUUGAGGUUUUUUUUUUCUUCUCCCCAAUUAAGCUUAAGCAUGGCAUGUCUUUGUAAAGUGAUUAGAAAACUAUUGUCCUUUCACUUUUUCAAAUUCAUAUUCCCACUGUUUUUUUCAGUUGGAAGCCUGGAGGAAGUGUGUGCGGAAGUACUGAGGUUUAUGCAUAUAUAUCCACCCUCCCAUCAUUUUUUUAAUUCACCCUUUCUUUCCCAUUUUCUUUUUGCCAGAUUGCUAGUAGAGAAAAUAUUUGCUCAGUACCUUGUUCCACACAACCUUGAGACUGAAGAAAGAAUGAAAUGUCUAUACUAUUUGUAUGCUAGUUUGGAUCCCAAUGCUGUCAAGUAAGUAUAAACCAUGUACUCAAUAGGAGAUGACACUGUAUAAUGUGUUAGACUAAUGUGUUAAAAAUAUGAUUUGAUGCAUUCACAUACCAUGGGGCGAUGAGUGUAUUUAAAACUACGCAAUUCUCACUUUAAAAAAAACUAGAAUUUUUAGUCGCAUGUGGCUGGAGCUCCUAACAGACAACCUCUUAAGUCUAAUAAUUAUUACAAACAAUUUCUACUCAAAUCCCAGUUAUUCUCCUGGGGAAUAAGAUUCAGAUUGUUGGACCUGCUUUGGUCUGGAUCUCCUGAAUACAGUCCGUGCUAGACGUCUCUGUUGCCUGCUGCCCCACCGGAAGUGGGGGAGGCGGCCGCUCCUCUGCACUAGUUUAACAGCUUGCACCUGGGUCCCCUCCUCUUUGGACCGGUGGGGGGGUAUCCCGGUCCGCACUGGAGAACUCUUGCGGCCUGCUCAACGAGGCCUCCCACAGCCUACUUCCUUGGUUGACCCGCUCCUACAAGCAUUCGACGACUUUUGCGCACAACUACUAAACCGCAAAACACCACCUGUCCUUCAGUGUCAAGGCAAGAACUUAUGGGUCUCAACUGUUGACCGACGCAGCCUCUCGCAUGUGUCCCUCACGUGGUAUCGCGGAGGUGUAGACGCGGACAGAAACCACGGCCGGCAUACCUGACCAGACUGUCUAAACUUCAAGCCAGCUGCUACAUACCUGGAUCACGGACUGCCCGGGGUGGUCCCUGUCAACAAUUCCCGCGCAGAAGGAGGGCUCCGAAUAAGCAGUGCCGGAAACCUGAACCAGGGAGAUCACAAGUCACAGCGCCAGCAACCCAUCGGGAUCGGUCUCCAGGGUUCCUUCUGUCAGAGCAUGCUGCGGCUUGGGUCUGGUGUGGCAACCCUUUCAAGAUUGCUGGACUCCAGUUGACGAGUGGCUGUACCUCUUCCUCUAAGGGCAUCAGCAUGCACUAUGUAAUGUUCAUCUUUAUUAUUUUCUACACCUAAGCUUCACUUUUGUUCAUUGUGCAGUCAGCCAGUCCAGAUUACCUGUUACCUGUUGUUACUUUAAUUAGCGUUUUGCCUGACAUGCACAUAUCUACUAUGUUAAAAGAAAAAAAGGUGCGGUACUCUCGUUACUUCAAGUUUUCCUAUAUGUCAAUUGUUCUGUCAGAGGCUAAUACAUGCCUGUAUGUUAAACCUUACACCACAAAAAUAAUUAUAAUAAAGUUUUAAAAAAAAUUGAAUUUUAAAUGUAGAAAACUAGGAUGUGCAUUGCACUUACCAUAUGUUUCUAUUCACAGGGCUUUAAAUGAAAUGUGGAAAUGCCAGAAUAUGUUGAGAAGCCAUGUACGGGAACUACUGGAUUUGCACAAAUGCCCUGUUGUGAGUAUAGUGGAAAUGCAGUUGUGUUUUCUUUUGUUUGUUUUUUCAGAUAUGACUUGUCAGUUGCAGAAUAAAAUGUUACAAAAAGGGCAUUAUGCUUCCAUGUUAGUAUUUACCAUAUGGAUUGUAAACACCGUGAGUUCUUACAUGACUUAUAAUGUACAUAUAUAACUUUUUUAGGGACACUGGGCAUCAUUACCUAACCCCUUGCAUAAUUUAUGGUUAGCCUUGUCUCAUUCUUUCUUUUAUUGCUGAUAGAUGAAAUGUUGCCUUUCUACAGUCAUAGAGUUUCUUAUAAAACAUCUUUACUAUUGCUUGUUUUCCAUGAGAGAGUAGUCAAUGGAAGAUAACAAUGCAGCUUAUGUUGACUUUCAGAAUAAUUCAUGUAUAUUCAUGACUAGUGUUCAGAUAUCUGUUCUGUUUGACUGUAGUUUUUGAUUGUCAGCCUGACUUGUCCUGCAGAGGUCAUUGCUAAUCUGCCUACUUCCAACUUGGCUUCUUUACCAUAAUAAUGUUUAGUUCAAGAAAACAUCUGCUAAAUGGUCCGUAGUAAUAAGAGGGGAUGAUAUAAAUGUGUAUCAUUGUUCUGACCUUUCCCGUAUGUGUGAUGCAUCUAUACAUACCCUUGAUUACAUUGUUUUUAUUGUGAUAUUUUCUCCAUUCCACAGUCUGAAGCAAACAAUUCCGCUAUGCUUGGGAAAUUGAUGACAAUUGCAAGUGAGUUCUGUUCUAUGGCAUCCGUUAUUAGUGGUUGCUGUUGUUUACUUUGAGAUGGUGAUUGGUAUGGUAAAUUGUUUGUGAUACCUGUGUAUGUUCCUGUAUGUAGAUAGUAAGCCUUUUUGAACCGGACCCUCGUCGCUUAUUGUUUCCGGAUGCAUUAAUUGUUAAAAUAUUUGCAUUUCCUAGCCCCCCCUUUGCUUUUUUACCUUUAAAGGACCACUAUAGUGCCAGGAAAACAUACUCGUUUUCCUGGCACUAUAGUGCCCUGAGGAUGCCCCCACCCUCAGGGACCCCCUCCCGCCGGGCUCUGGAGAGAGGAAGGGGUUAAACACUUACCUUUCUCCAGCGCCGGGCAGGGAGCUGUACUCCUCCUCUCCUCCUUGCUCGCGACGUCAUCGACUGAAUGAGCAUGCGCGGCAGGAGCCGCGCGCGCAUUCAGCCGGUCGCAUAGGAAAGCAUUUACAAUGCUUUCCUAUGGACGCUUACGUGCUCUCACUGUGAUUUUCACAGUGAGAAGCACGCAAGCGCCUCUAGCGGCUGUCAAUGAGACAGCCACUGGAGGCUGGAUUAACCCUCAGUAUAAACAUAGCAGUUUCUCUGAAACUGCUAUGUUUAUAAAAAAAAAAGGGUUAAUCCUAGAGGUACCUGGCACCCAGACCACUUCAUAAAGCUGAAGUGGUCUGGGUGCCUAGAGUGGUCCUUUAAUUCUCAAAUCUCACUUUAGUGAAUAACCAUGUGACUGUUAACCCUGUAAAUAAAAUCUUUUAUUGGGUGUUGGAGGAAAUAUCUACAUCCUGGUAGACUAUUUAAUCUGUUUGGCCCUAUGAGUUGACUCAUGGGUUUGUCAACAUGUUUUAUUCAACUGUGAUGACUCACUAGACUGUUAUAAAGUGAGCACAGAUUAAUGACCUGUUUAACCCCUUAACGACACAACUUCUGAAAUAAAAGGGAAUCAUGAUAAUCAUGUGUCCUUAAGGGGUAUAAAAAAAAAAAAAAGUUGGCCUACACUAUCUGUUUAUUUAAUACACAAUAACAUAGGUCAGGGCUUAAAAUGUUGCUAUAACCCUUUUGAGAGGAUGCACCUAGCAGGUGUACUGUGAUGAAGGUCCCCCAUCUCAGUGUGCUGUAAAACCUGCAAUAAAGGUUUUUAUGUACUUUUGUCAGUAAAUUUUCAUCUCAUUGUGUGUUGGAUGAAUUCCCCAGAAGAAUACAUGAUUUAUUUUGGCAAAACUUCCAAUAUAAAGUAGUUUUUCUGUGUUUUUUUUUAUUUUUAUUUUAUUUUUUUGCUUUCCAUAGAAAACUUGCCAGAUCCUGGAAAAGCACAAGAUUUUGUCAAGAAAUUCAAUCAGGUUUUGGGUGAUGAUGAGAAACUGAGGUCUCAGUUGGAACUGUUAAUAAGCCCAACAUGUUCGUGUAAGCAGGCAGAUGUGUGUGUGGUAAGGAAAUUGCUUCUUGUUUUUCCACUAUAUAUUGUAAUUUCAUUCAAUUUAUGCAUUGUCGUUUUUAUAUAAACUAGUUAUGAAAAACAUGACUAGUCUAUUUGACAUCUUUUUAGAGUGUAAUUUCAACAAGAUGUCAGGGCACACAAGCCAUGGAACAAAGCAGCCUUUUAUAGUAGCAAGUUAAAAGACAAUGUUUUUACUCCACAUUAGAGUCUUAACAAAGAACUUUGGUAUUGAGUUGAAACUUUGUCUUUUGGCUUGUUCUUAUUAAAGGCUGCUUUGUUCCAUGACUUGUGUGCCUGACCUUUUUUUAAAAUUGAAAUUGGCCAAGACUGGGGGUAUGGAUUCCGAUUUUUAUGUGUGCAACCCCUCUGGUUUAUUUUUUAUAGAGAAAGUAGGCUGCCGAGUGUGUCUUUUUGUUUUCCUGACACUGUCUUUUUUUUUUUUUUUUUUAAUUUGUAUUUUAUUGAAUUUGUAAGUAUGACUGGCAUACAAAAAGUAAAAGGAGGGGGUGGGUGGGGUGAAAACCAAAGAGGUGACCAGCUUGAGAAUACAUUACAUAACAUUAGACAUAGUAUCAAAGACAUACAUCACAUUUGCAACACCAUACUGGUAGUCAACCAUUACAUGUCUUCUCAUUUGUGGAAGUCCCUGUGCACCUGGAACCUUUGUGGAAACCGGGAUGCCAGUGUGAAACGGUUGAGCAGUGCUACAGUGCUGAAUAGGGAAGGAACCUUGACUACAGUAGGGUUUCUACUCCAUUGGUUCAAAUAUCAUCACUGUCAUUUGCUAAUUAUGGAUUGGGCUGGAUUAUGUCAGGAGACUUUUUAAGGCCAUUAUUCUCAGUUGUCAUCCUCGCAAAUACUUUUUCCCUGCAUGGGAUUUGGCUUUAGUCCUCAGAGCCCUUUGUGAAGCUCCUUCGAGCCGCUUGAAGUCUCAUACAAAUUAUCAUUGAAGACUUGUUUUUUGUAGUGAUCACAUCUGCCAGGAGCAUAGGAGAAAUUCAAGUCUUGUCUUGUUGCAGAAAAUGGUGCUAUCUUUCAUUAAGAUAUGGUUUUGGAUGUAACACCAUCCUAAUUUCUACCGAAUGUUCUGUCUUAAUCAAAUGUUUACCCUGUAAUUUAGGUAGUAGGCAUAAACUUGGCCAUUUUCGCCACCUCUCCAAAACUCUUUUGCUGGGUAAUGCAAUUGGUGUCUUGUCGACAUAUCUAAGUACUAUAUGCUUUCUGUUACUUUUGUGGCAGACCUCUGCAAACGCUACAGUGUGUGUGCUGUCUCUUUUUUCUAAUUUGUGUUAAGUUAAAUUAAUAUUUUCUUUAAAUCUCUACAGAAGUGUAAGCUCCACAUUCUGUUUGAGGGGAAUUGUGUACCUUUUUACCUUUUGUGUACCUUUUUAUAGAGUAUGUACUUUAGCAAAAGAACGAGCAGAUAGUGAUACAUGUAUAAAUAUAUAUCAGAAUUGUAGAAAUUUACAUUUUCUAGCUGUUUUCCUGCAUUUAGUUGGGUGAAGACCAGGAGUGUGGGGUUCCCUUUUCCCAUUCUUUUAAACUGAAUACAGUCAGAAAUGUAUUGGUGUUGCCAACUCCUUUUCUCACUUUGUUUACUAUUUUUUUCUUCAGUUUGUGUUAAAAAUAAGUCUUAACAUUAAGGCAAUCAUUUUAUUUCAUUUUAGAGAGAAAUUGCCCGUAAACUUGCAAAUCCCAAGCAGCCUACAAACCCAUUCCUGGAAAUGGUAAAAUUCUUGUUGGAAAGAAUUGCUCCUGUACAUAUAGAUUCAGAAGCAAUCAGGUAAGUCCUGGUGUAAUUCAUAAUUUGGGCAGGUGCAGCAUGACUUGUCAAUAGAUGAUUAUUGCAGAUAACCCCAUAUAUUCUUUCUGACUGCUUUGGAAUCAGUGAUAUUUUUCUAAUUAGAUUAAGCUGUCCUUCUGUAGAAAUACAUUUGGUGACCAUAUGGGGUUCUUUUAGUCACCAUCUGUAAUACCAGAACAUUAGUUAAACAAUGCUAAUUGCUUUGCAAUAAGUUAGGUGGGGGUGCAUUGUCAUAUAUCUAUCCCAAAGUCCGAAGCUACUAUCGAGGCCUGAAAUGUUUGCCAUUGGAGAUAUACAUGUCCUGUUCUGACAAUCCCACACUGGAAGUUAACUUUCUCUUGGCUGGAAAGCUAUUUAUAUGCAACACCAAAGCAUACUUAGUUGAGCCUCCUGUGUCCUCAUUCAUUCAAAACCAACAACAAGCAAAUGUGCAAUUUUCUUGUCCAUUUACAAUUAAUCCCUGCUGCAAUGUAGAUGUUCAUGGGAGAUGGGACAGAGCUACAUAAGAAAUCUGUUUGACUGUGAGAUCUCUAUGUGCUGAAGAUGUGCGCCUGAAACAAGCAUGUCCUGUGUCCUUUUUUAUUUUUUUUUAUUUUUUUAUGUGGUAUCUCUGCAAUGCUUUACAAAAGGUGAUACGUUCCAGCCUGUAGUGCCACUUUAAAAGAUUCCGCAUAAACCACUCCGACAGAGAUUUAUUGUGUGCAAUGUAUGCAUUUUGUGAAAGGAAAAUGGUUGAGUUAAAUUUCCCAGCAUGCUAUGUACAUUUUUCUAUAUGUGUUUUUCAGUGCUUUAGUGAAGCUGAUGAAUAAAUCAAUCGAGGGCACAGUUGAUGAUGAAGAGGAAGGUGUAAGUCCUGAUUCUGCUAUAAGAGCAGGACUGGAACUACUUAAGGUGUGUGUUCAACAAAUUAGACACUUUAUUAAUUUCAAUAAUCCACAUGUGUAGUUAUAAUUUACUCUGAACUGUUGUGGUAGCUCAAUAAAGUUUAUCAGGAUUUUUAUUAAAGGAAAACUCCAGUGCCAGGAAAACAAUCCGUUUUCCUGGCACUGCAGGUACCCUCUCCCUCCCACCUCCCAUCCCAGGUAGCUGAAGGGGUGAAAAGCGUCGCUCCUCCCAGUAAUCACGUCAGCCGGUGGGCGAGACUUAUCCCGCCCGCCGGCUGACAUAACCUAAUGCGCAUGCGUGGCAAUGCCGUGAACGUGCAUUAGGUCUACUAGACAGCAUUAGGUCAAUGCUUUCCAAUGGGGAAUUGAGUGACGCUGGAGGUCCUCACACAGCGGGAGGACGUCCAGCGACGCUCUAGCAAAGUCUUAAAAAAAGUCUUAAAAAAUCUUUGCUAUGAAUCAGGAAGUGCCCUCUAGUGGCUGUCUAGUAGACAGCCACUAGAAGUGGAGUAAACCCUGCAAUUUAAUUAUUGCCGUUUAUAAAAAACUGAAAUAAUUACAGUUGCAGGGUUAAGAGUAGUGGGAGUUGGCACUCAGACCACUCCAAUGGGCAGAAGUUGUCUGGGUGCCUGGAGUGUCCCUUUAAGAAGUCAGUACCUUUUUAUAAAGCAAAUAAAGUAGCUUUAAGCUGGGCAUUAGUAUGUCAGUUCUGCCUUAUUCAGACAUGCAGGCCCUAUCUUAUUAUAGCGAUCUAGAAAAUAAGUGGGUACUUUAAACAUGGCUCAAAAUGUCCUAUGCUACUAGCCAGGCCUUGAAAGUUACUCACCACUGGGAAGAAUUUAGUGAGAAAUGUUGAGUCGUGAUGUAAAUAUAUCAUAGAAAGUUAAACAAGUACUCCAGGCUAGUGUUUGAAUGCCCCAUAUUCUUAUAGUUUUAUUUUUAUGCCUAACUGAUAUGCUGCAUAAAAAUGUUAGAAAUAAAAAACAUUAUACUUUAAAUUACCUCAAUUUGCUUCAGAGUCCCAGGGUUUACAUUCUUGUUUUGCGUUUAUGUUCUUGUUUACGGUGAAUAUGAAUUGUCCUUGAAAUAUUUGUAGGCUUCUUGACCUAUAUCCACACUGAAAUUAGUAGGUUAAAGGGGCCUUAUAAAUUCCAAAACGGCUACAUAUUAUUGCAACCUUCAAAUGUUUUUGGCACAAAUGUUUUUGGUGUAAAAAGACCCAGCAGCUAAGGAGCUGAUAGGAAAUGUGUUUAGAGUGAAUCAUAUAUUUUAACGUUAACUGAUGUCAGCAUUCCAGUUAGCUACUGCUAAAUGUUUGCAUUACUUUGGAAUUUAAAGGUUUAUUUAAAAAUGUGACUGUUUUUAAAUAAUAAAAAUAUGCUUGAAAACAUUGUGUUGUGUGAUAACUAUAAUCAACUAGGCAUUAUGACUAAUUUUCUGCGUUUUAAUUUCUUUUAACAUGUAGGUCCUGUCCUUCACCCAUCCUACCUCAUUCCACUCAGCUGAGACAUAUGAAUCUUUCCUUCAGUGCCUCCGUAUGGAAGAUGACAAAGUAGCUGAAGCCGCUAUACAAAUAUUUCGGAAUACAGGGCACAAAAUAGAAACUGAUUUACCGCACAUCAGAUCGUAAGUAUUUAUUUUACUUUUAUUAUUCUAUUUUUUUUUUACACUGAAAUUAAUGUCAUCACAUAUUUUGUCUUCUUAGAAAAUUCUGUUUUUGUAACAUACAUUUUUUCCGAGACACUGCAAGAUUAAGUAGUAGUUUGAAGGGACAUUCCAGACCACUAAAGAAUUUCAACUUGCUGGAGUGCUUUGUGUGGGUCCAUUUAUUAAUGUAUUUUUUCCCCCCCUUUAUUUUACAAAAAGCUCAGCUUUCAAUAGACACCGGCCCUUUUAUAAACCUUGUUAUAUCCUCCUGGAUGUCAGACAACUGGUCCUGUUGCUUCUUGUUUAUUUAGCUCAGUGGCGCAAAACUCAAGAGGCAGCAAUUGCCCAGAGCAGUUGCAUUGUGUAAUCUGUGAUUGGACAGCUGCCGAAAGUCUUGGCUGGGUUAGAAGGGGAGUGCUUGCAAAGUCUUUAGACAAGGGAUCUGCACUUUUAAAAACAGUUUUUAGAUACACCCCAAUUAAAUAAUGCAAAAUUAAGGCAUGCAUUCUCCUGAAGGUAUUUGUAUCCUUUGUACGUUAUUGGAUUCUUUCUUGUUUUGUUCUGUUUUUUUUUUUUUUUAUCUUUUUAUGCAAUACUUGGUACUUACAAAAUGUAUAUGGUAUCUGAAAUAUUUUUAGACUCCGAUGCCUUUAGUAUCUUAUAAAUAUGAGACCAUGUAUUAAUCUGCUGCUUUUUACUUGUUAUAUUUUGUGCUGAUUCGAUAAAAAUUGUUAAAUUAAAAUAAAAAAAUGCAUGUUUUCGUUGGGGGUAUAUCUCCUAGACAGGUUUUUAAAAAUUAUUUUGUAUAUAGGCAGUGUAGUGUCCCCCUUAAUGCUUUUUUCAAAACAUACUUUAACAUUUGUGAGCCUGUCUGCUUCAGUCUGAGUCAUUAUUCUCCAUAGACCAGUAUUUGUCCCCACGUAUAGUGUCUGUGGGGUUGUUCUUUAUCGUGUUGGACUAGUACUCCUCGAAAUAGGUAAAAUAGUAAAACAAACUGCUCCCUCUCAUUCCUUUCAAAGGUUGUCCCAGACUGAGCACCUCCGUUCUUAUUUGUCCCGUGAGCGGGGCGUACUGGUGCUCCUUGAACAGAAAUGGUGAAACACACAGGCUGAUGCUUGGUGGUAUGUGCCCUGAUAGCUACCCAUGUGGUGAGCUGCAUGAUUUUCAUCUCCAGAUCAUCCAGUAUCAUGGAGUGCCGCAACAUGUUCUGAUUUAUAGGAAUUUCCGGGGGAGGAUGCUAAGAGGUGGUCCCGGGUGGCAAGCCAAUCACCUGGGUUGCCUUGCAUUCGACUGAAGUUCUGCUUGCCCUACUGAGCACGCAAAAUCGUAAUUUCAAUUUUGGUGAAAAAAAUGUGUACCAGAUUAAAAAAACCUGCUUUACAUUUCCUGUUGUUCGUACCCUUCAUGGAAAAGAAUACAGAGGCUUUACUGUCAGACACACUUGUUCUGUUAAAAAAAAAAAAGUUUUUUUGAGAGAGUUUCCAAACAACCAACAUUCCAAGAGGUUUAUUCAAGGUUGUUCCUGGUUCCAAAGCAAGGCCGGUGCUAGACUUAAAAAGGUGAACACGUAUAGUCAGUACCAAAGGUUCUGUAUGGAAACCGUCCUGUCAGUCACUCAAAUGCUUCAAAAAGGAGACUUUGGGCAACUCUUGAUUUAAAACAUGCAUACUUGCAUGUUCCUUUGGUAGUUGCUUCAUGAAAGUAUUUAAGGUUUGCCAUCAAAUCAGAAAAAAUAAAUCCCACGCCUUACGAUUUGCCUAGUCUCUGCAUCAAGAAUAUUUUCUGUACCAUCAGGAAAGCCAUGAUCUUAUCUGGCAUCCUCACUUUCUUUAUUCCAGCAGUGCAGUGGGUAAAAGUACAGAUGUGACCUGCAAAAUUGGUCAGGAGAAAAUGAUCUGAAAACAGAAUUAAGAGUCCGAAAUCCACAGCUUGUCUUUCCAGCAAAAGGAGUGGAUUACUAAUACAACAGAAGAGUCAACCUAAUCCUCCAUAUCAGUGGAUGACUUCUGUUUUCAACGCACUUCUAGAAUUCAAGCCACGGCUCACACCCUUUGUAGUCCGAAUUCAGUCGGACAAUUUUACAACAGUCCACUAUAUAAACAAACAUGGUGGAACAAGUCGAUCUCUGCAUCUUCUUUGUGCUCAUAUAAUGGGAAAUCAAUCAUUGCCUCUUACAUCAAAGAUGUGGACAAUGUGAUGACCUUAGCAGAGGGCAGUGGUCCCAAGCAGAAUGGUCCUUACACCCAAGAGUGUUUGCCACCCUAAAUUUCCUGUAAUAAGAGCUUGCUGCUGGACUUAGGGUUUCUACUGCAAAGGUUCAAAUAUCAUCACUGUCAUUUGCUAAUUAUGGAUUGGGCUGGAUUUUGUCAUGAGACUUUUUAAGGCCAUUAUUCUCAGUAGUCGUCCUCACAAAUACUUUUCCCCAGCAUGGGAUUUGGCUUUAGUCCUCAGAGCCCUUUUGUGAAGCUCCUUCGAGCCGCUUGAAGUCUCAUACAAAUUAUCAUUGAAGACUUGUUUUUUGUGGUGAUCACAUCUGCCAGGAGCAUAGGGGAAAUUCAAGCCUUGUAUUGUAGCAGAAAAUGGUGCUAUCUUUCAUUAACAUAGGGUUUUGGAUGUAACUGCAUCCUAAUUUCUACCAAAUGUUCUGUCUUAAUCAAAUGUUUAAUUAGCCUAGUAUUCCUCCAUUUUGCCAGAUCCUUCUAAAGAAACAAAACUACACCUUUUCUGGACAUCAAAAGGGUAAUGGAGCUCUAUAUCAAGAGGUGUUCUGUUUUUAGGAUACCAGACCAUGUAUUUGUCAAUUUCCAAAGUCCAUAUGAAGGUAUAGAGGCAUUUAAUUUACCAUUGAUAGGUGAUUGACACAAUCAGGUUGACAUAUGAAGUUAAGCAUCUCAAACUACCUCUUCUAGUGAAGGCACACUACGCUAGAGCUGUGGCGAUAUCUUGGGCGACUAAAGCUUCAUCUUCAAGAAGAUACUUGCAAAGUAGCUAUGUGGUUAUUUAAUACUUUUAUACAGCACUACUGGCUCGAGAUUUCCUUCUUUCUCAGAAGCUGCUUUUGGGUGCAAGGUGCUCCAGGCAAUUACCACCUGAUUUUUUUUCCACCCAUUUGGGAUCUUGCUAUAACUCACAGGUACUGCCACUAUAUGUUUAAAAAACAGAAAUUUUACUUAUUGGAAAUUUCUCUCCUUUUAUAUUUGUUGUAGUAUGGUGUGGUUUCUUGCUACUUCUGGGGUUCUCGGUUUGAGGCAACCUUUUAAAGUUAUGAGAGGGAGGGAAAGUGGCUUGUUUUAUUAUUUUAACCUUAUUUCUAGGAGUACUCGUCCACCAUGUUUAAAAAUAUCUCUACAGGUACUACCAUUAUAAUUUCUGGUAAGAAUAAUUUAUGAUAAGUAAAAUUUCCGUUUUCACUUGGUAAUUCAGUCUAGUGGAUGUAGACAAGGCUAUUGUAAUCUGGUUGCAUCUGGUUUAACCCAUUUAUCACAUGUUUAUUUUAUAGGGCACUUAUUCCAAUUUUACAUCAGAAGGCCAAAAGAGGUACCCCACAUCAGGCUAAGCAGGCGGUACACUGCAUCCAUGCCAUCUUCUCCAAUAAAGAGGUGCAACUUGCACAAAUAUUUGAGGUAAUAUUCUUUACAUUUAGUGUAAUUGACUUUUUUUCUCUAAUGCUUAUUUAUGAAUUGUAUGUUGCUGUUAAUGGUACAAAAUGCACAACAAGAAAUACAUACUAAUAAAUUUUAUUUUAACACUAUUAGGAUUAGCGUUGGGAAUACAAAUCUGUAAUGCCUAAAUUAAGUGUUUUCCUUUACACAAGGUUUAAGGUCCCCCUCUAGCUAAAUAAAACAUGACUGUGAUCAGGUCAGGCAGCUGCAUAACCCACCUCCUGAGAUGUCAUGCUGACACUACUUUAAUCCAAUCCAAUUCUCCUCAUAGGAAAGCACAUACACGUCCAGCUCUCCCCAUGACAGUCAGUGUGCCUUCAAUGGUCCUUUUAAAAGGAAUACAAAAUUGUCACCCAAAGUACAAUUGUACAGGUGUACAAUAAUGAAAGCCAAUCUAAUUUUGGUACAUAUAUUAGCAAAGCUGCUUUACUUAAAAUGCUAGAUGAUACUGCUUAAUCUACUUUGUGAUGUUAGCCUGUACAUUUCUAUGCUUUAAAGAUUUUUAAUGAGUGGAAGCUUUUUUCUUUUUCUUUUUUUUUUUUCUUCCUCCUCUUCUUCAAAAAAGUACUUGGGAUUUUCUUGACCUAUGCUUUGCAGUUACCUGAAUGUGAAGAAACCAAGUUUUAACAUUAUUUUAGUGCGGUUUUAUUACGUAUGUUUUGGGUAAAUUGAUAAAUAAGAUAUUCACACUUGGUUUGACAUAAUUAGCAAAGUGCUGUCCUUUCGUGUUUUUCAUUGCUGAUGAUAUCACUUCCUGUGCUUACUGUUUCAAGGAUUUUUGAUUUUAUAGCAUCUUGAACCUCAGAUCUUUUCUCUUUUCCAGCCUCUCAGCAGAAGUCUGAAUGCAGAUGUACCUGAACAAUUAGUAACACCUUUAGUUUCUCUAGGACACAUUUCUAUGCUAGCACCUGACCAGUUUGCUUCCCCAAUGAAAUCUGUGGUGGCAAAUUUCAUAGUGAAGGAUUUACUCAUGAAUGACCGGGUGAGUCAUUAAAUAGAUGCAUUUAUGAUGUGUAACAUUUUUAUGAAUGUAUCCCAUGUUUUGUACAUUUUGUAAAUACUUAAUUUCCUUUUGUAGUCUAACGGUGACAAGAAUGGCAAGCUUUGGUCACCAGAUGAUGAUGUUUCACCAGAGGUUCAUGCUAAAGUAAGGCUUACUAUUCAAUUGCUGUUGUAAUUAUUUCACUUUCAAAGGUUUUGUUUGUUUUUUUUACACGUUUUGUUUUACCAGAAAGUAUACUGUGUGACUGGAGUACAGUACUAUAUUUACAAUUCACCUGUUGUCAUAGACCAUAAUAAGCAAAAUGUACCCAAUAAGGAAUUUUACAUAACACACUUAUUUGUCAAUAUAUUCAAACUUAUAAACGGUAACUUGGCAACCUCCAGCUCUCCAGAUGCUUUGCCAUCAUUAUGGCUGUAAGAACAUUAUGGGAGUUAUAGUACAUAACACCUUAAGUGCCAAAGGUUGCAUACCCAUACCUAACUCCAGCGCCGAUGUCCCUUAUCGCAUGGUUGUGCUCUGUCAACUUCAGCCAAUGGGGGGAACCGCAUGCUUGGCAAGCGCCAAGUGCUCAUUAGGCCUUCCCCAUAGGAAAGCAUUGACUUAAUGCUUUCCUGUGCGUUAUUUGAAGACUCAAAGCAUGAGGACGCCCAGAUAUCACUUCACCUAGUCAAACUCCGUGUAAAUGCAGGAAGCGCCUCUAAUUAGACUAUAACAAGUUUUGCUAAAAUUGCAAUGUUUUAUAUUGCUGGGUUAGGGGAACAAGGACACUGCACCUUUCCAAUGAGAUAAAGUUGGCUGGGUGCCUAUAGUGUCAUUUUUAAUGGUUUAACCAUGGGUUAAAUACAUAAUUCAAAUACAACUGGCAACAUAUUAAUACUUUUAUAUCACAUUAAUUUUCUAAUGCACAAAUAGGGAGAUGCAUGUAAAUUAUACCCAAUUUAAAAGUGACACACAGUUCUAAAUGUGAAACGGUUUCCAGUGAAAUGUCCUUGCUUAUUGGUUUUCAUUUGAUUUCUUAACUUUUAGAACUUUUAACAAUUUUAAUAUUUCAUUGUAGCUGUAAAAGUUUGUACAUUUUAUUAUUGUUUAUUCACCCGUAGGUGCAAGCCAUAAAGCUAUUGGUGCGUUGGCUUUUGGGAAUGAAAAACAAUCAGUCAAAGUCUGCAAACUCUACUCUGCGAUUGCUGUCUGCUAUGCUUGUCAGUGAAGGAGAUCUGACAGAGCACAAGAGAAUUAGGUGAGGUUUCUUAAACUCUUACGCUUUAUAUUUAUUAUUAUUGGAAAAGUUGUACUUAUUUGCUACUAAGAGACAGAGUAAAGCGUUUUGUUUUUUAUUUUCAGUAAAUCUGAUAUGUCUCGUCUGAGGUUAGCAGCUGGAGGUGCCAUCAUGAAACUAGCCCAGGAACCUUGUUACCAUGAAAUAAUCACACCAGAGCAGUUUCAGCUCUGUGCUAUGGUGAUUAAUGUAAGUGGCAUUACUCUCAUCUAUGAAAUGACCUUUGAUAUGGUCAGUGUGGUGCACAUGCACAACUGCUCAGCUUUGUUCCUGGAAUUUAUUUGCAUGGCAUCAACAAGUUCUGUCAUGUUGGUGCAUAGAGAAUUGGUCAUGACCUAAUCCAAUACCAUGUAAACAUAGGGUAUAAAUUGUAGUGGGACAUGAAACACAAGUUACCAUCUAGUACCAGAUAUGUUUUGAUUAGCUUACAGAUAAUGUUGGUGAACAUAGCAUAAGAAAAGUGAGGUAGCUGUGAAAAAGAGAAUCAAGUUAAAAUUCAGUUCAGAUACCAAUGGAAUUCCCAAACAAUGCUUAUUGUUACUACCAAAAACUGGAACCCUGCAAGAAAUAAAUUGAGUGUAGACUGGAAGAGGUGAUGCAUUGUAAGAGAAGCCAGUUUGUUAAGUAAGACAUGAGUCAAGCUAUGGAUGACAUUAGUGCGCACACAAUAGAAAAAUUACUUAGGUUUAUGUUAAUUUAUUUCCAUAAAAAUAGAGUGAAUCAGUUGAAACCAGAUUCAGGUUUAUGCAUUGGCUAAGUGGAUAUACUGAGUUUUCUUUCACAUUGCACUAAUUUCUUCUCUGAUGUGAUGCAUACAUGUAGUAUAUUGAGCAAUGUGUGUGUUGCCACGAAAUACCCAUUUUACAUGUCUUUACUGUGUUUUUUUUUUGUUAUAUAGGAUGAGUGCUACCAGGUGAGGCAGAUCUUUGCACAGAAGCUCCACAAGGCUCUUGUGAAGCUACAGCUUCCACUUGAAUACAUGGCUAUCUUUUCCCUGUGCGCCAAGGAUCCUGUGAAAGAAAGGAGGGCUCAUGCCAGGCAGUGCUUACUUAAAAAUAUCAGCAUACGACGGGAGUACAUUAAACAAAAUCCAAUGGCGCAUGGUAAUUUUUUUUUUUAAUAUAUAUAUAUAUAUUUUUAUUUUUUUUUAAUGAGUUUUGCAUAUGGAGGUAUACAUCCACGUCAAAGUAUGAAAAAAACAGGGAAUAAAAUUAAGUAUACUGUUACGUAUAGUAAAUAAACUGUAAGUGCAGAAGAAACAAUCAUGCAAGGUAUUAGCAUAGAGUUCCUUUAUGAUCCUGUCCGAGAAAUAUAUUAUCACAGGUAAAUCAGCUGUUAAGCUAAGACAGAGCUAUUAGUGGAAAGACAGUGAUAAGUGGGCAAUUAGGAGUAGUGUAAUGUCAGCAAGCCUAUCCUCCUCGUUAAAAUCCGCGUCUAAGAACUGCGUUCUUGGUGUGCUCGGGCUAGGUCAAGUGCCUUCCCGUGGGUCUCUGUGUGCCUCAUCUUGGGUACUCCUUGAUGUUUCUACUUCUGCAGGUUCUGGAUAAAUGUCUCAAGGUAAAAUCUAUAAGGCGGUAUAAGUGCAAAACCUACACCUAUAAGUGGAGUACUGAGAAGAUUGCAGGGUACACUUACCCCAUAUAACAUGAUAGCAAGCUUGCUAUGCAAUACAUGUGAAAAAAAAUAGAAAAGGCAAUAUAGUGCAGAUGGUACGUAAAGAUAAAAUUAGAUAUAAUGGUGGUGAAGUGGAACACUCACAUUUAAAGUAGCCUGUAUGUGAACACUGGCUCCGCAAUCAGGCUUGUAUGCUUUUAAGGCAGCAUCACACCUACACUCCACGAUAUGAUGUAUCUCAAAGAUAAAACAUAGAGAGAAGGGAACAAAUGUGCAGUCUGUCUCAAAUGGUGCAGUGGUGAGAUUAAGUAAAGUGCUCACCUCAAGGUGAUGCCCCAAAACAGUUCCAUAGAAAACAAGGCAUGAACAGUCUGUCAGCCACGCUCCCAUGCAUGGUAACUUAUUAUUUACAAUGUAUCCCAGCCGGUAAAACAUUUUUUUAUUCAAUUUAUUAUAAGCAGCUCUGUCAGUCGUAUUUUUUUUUUUUUUUUUGCUUGAAUUGCAAAGACUUCCAUAGUUGAUUUUGCUGCUUAGUGGCCACAGGGUGUGUAGAGGAAAGUGUGUUUUACUCACAGCUGCCUCCAUGCUCUUACUGCUGGUGUUCCUCUUCAACUCAUCUGCCGGGAGCCAAUGUACGCUUUGUAUUAUUUUACUGAGGUCUAUGGAGGAGAAUGUAGUGACCUCCAUAGAUAUUGUCUCAUGAUUACCGACAAAAUUAGGCAAAGAAAAAUACAUAAGGCAAAGUAGUUCCCACAGACAAAAAUAUUGAAGUGAGGUAAGUGUAGGAUUACAGGGUUGCUUUAACAUUAGAAAUAAUUCACCUUUUUUGUUCUUAUUAAAUAAGACACAGGCAAACGUACUGACAUGCACACUGCUUGUUUCCAUACAUUAAAAAUGUAUGAAGUAAAGUAUACUGUCUGUAGUCUGCCCUUUUACCUUAUUUAAGUGCUUCCCAUACUCUUCAUCCACCUCUGGUCUGCCCUCACCUCACUCCUCCAGAAUUUUUUGAUUUGCCCUCCUUGAGGACCCGAAACCUCCUCAGUGACCCUGACAUGCGGUCUUAUUUGCCAGUGGUUGCAGUGCUGGCUAGAGAGGUUUUUUUUGUUUUUGUUUUUGUUUUUUAAAGCAACCAUGCCUUGUUUGGGAGAGAAAAAGGACUACCUGUGGGUGGACUUUUCUGUUCUCCCUUGUCUGUCAGCAUAGAAUUUAUUCCACAGUUUUGGCUGGGAAGUGGAAGAAUACCUCAAUGUAUAGAUGAAAGGGACGGAGAGGUGGUUUACAGACAUCUUUUUUUACAUCCUCUUGUUAAAUAUGUAUUGUGUAAGAGUUUGUAUAUCUGUUAAUUUAUUAAAAUAUUGUGUGAAUAAAUGCAAUUGUUAUCUCUUUUAGAGAAGCUUUUGUCCUUGCUACCAGAAUAUGUUGUCCCAUACAUGAUUCAUCUCCUGGCACACGAUCCAGAUUUUACUAAGCCUCAGGAUAUUGAUCAGCUGCGUGAUGUAAAAGAGUGAGUUUUUCAUGCAUUAAAAUGAAGUUUCUAUGCCCCACUAUACUAAUACUUAAUAACAGAACACAUUACUGCUACUUUGUGAAUUUAAAAUGUUAAUCUGUUCACAUUGAAGUAGUCAUUCUAGUUAUACUUGAAUUGUUGAUUAGCUUGUAGAUACCCUAAAAUAGAAAAUGAUUUAUUGGAUGGGCUGCUUGCCAUUAAAUGUAGCAAGAUCAUGAUCAGAUUCUAUUCACUUACAUGCACAUCUGCAGCUUUAUCUGCCUAUAAUUCAGUGCAGCAUGUCUCCCAUAUUUUUACUGGCACUGCGGUUUUUGCUUUAUUCCCUGUUUGUUAUGGUUAAAUAUAGAUUAGUUUCUCUCCCCCUCCCCAAAACUAUGGGAAUUGGGGAGGAGGGGGUCUGAGGCUAUGGUUGAUUCAAUUGACCUCAUUCUAUCUGUAAUCUCAUCUUGUUGAAAUGGAAUUGAUUCUUCGAACAAAAAUACAUAUAUAUGUAGAUUGGAGUAGUUGUGUUAGUCCAGUGAUGUAGAUUCCAAAAUAACAUGGGUAUUGCAGUACACAAUUAUACUUUUUGGGGGGGUUGAGGGGGGGGAGGGUGCAAGAAUUGAACACUACAUAUUAAUCGGAAAGCUGUUUACAUUAGAUCAAAAGUAAUACUGAUCAAUAUAGUGGAACUUAACAUUUGAAACUUAAGACACAAGUGAUAGACUGAUUAAGGAAAGCGAGAGUGGUUUAAUAUAAAUAGAAGGCUGUCCUGAGAGAGGAACAGGGGUAAGGAAGAGCCAAAAUAAACAGUCAUGUAAACCGUAUUAAAUCAGACAUAUAAACUUUAAAAAAAAAAUCUAUAUAAUAAGUCCAGUAAGGGGUGGAAGUUGUUAAAGACUCAAACAUAUCAGCAAAUCUGUAUAGAUUAAAGUGGGUUACAGAUUGUAGAAGUGUAUGCCACGGUUUAACAUUUCCACUAGCCAUUUGCAAGUGCCAAUUUAGCACUGUCAAGCAGAAAUUCACUCAUGGUCAGUGUGUAAGUUAUAUGAAAUUCAUGGUGUGACAAAAAUUCCUAAUCUGCAUAUAGUAAUUCAUGUAUUGCAGCAUUCAGUAUUUUGUAGCUAUUUAUUUGUUUAUUUAUUUAAAUACAAGGUGUCUAUGGUUUAUGCUUGAAGUUUUAAUGGCUAAGAAUGAAAAUAACGGUCAUGUCUUCAUGAAGAAAAUGUGUGAGAACAUUAAACAGACCCGGGAUGCCCAAUCACCAGAUGAUCCUAAAGCAAAUGAAGUGAGUAUUUCUUUUUUGAGUUAUUUUGCAGCUAUGGUUUUAAAGACUUGAGCAUGAACAUCUUACAAGUAAAAUAGUGGCUUUUAUAUUAACGGGGACUUUUAAGACAAUGUAUUCUAAAUACAUCGACAUUAAUGAUUAUAUGGUCCCCUUUAACAGCUUUCACUCUUCUGGGAAGGCUUUCAAGAAAUUUUUUAGUGUUUCUGUGGGAAUUGUUGCCCAUUCAUCCAGCAGAGCAUUUGUGAGGUCAUGUGCUGAUGUUGGGCAAGAAGGCCUGGUUUUCAAUCUGUUAUAGUUCAUUCCAAAAAAACUGUUUUUGAUGGGGUUGAGAUUAGAGCUCUGUGCAAGCAGUCCAGUUCUUCCACACCAAACUCAUCCAACCAUGUCUUAUGGACCUUGCUUUGUGCACUGGGACACAGUCAUGCUGGAAUAAACAGUCGUGCAUUGAAUAAACCACCUAACAUCUGACCAAUUAUUGUUGUAUUUUUCUCUGUUAUCUGUAAUUAUGCAUGUGAUGUAUUUGUGCUCUAUAGGGGGCUCCCCACCCCCUGAUUAAACAGUCCUGAGUAUUUCAUCAACCGGGAAACGUGUCUGGUGUGAUUUGCUUUGGAAAGCAUGCAUGCACCAUAACCAAUUUGAAAAGGGGCAGAUACACAAAAAUGAUCAAACACUUGAUUUGAUCCUUAUCACCUAUAAAAGUACCACUCUUGAAUUCACUGAGCUUUUCAGAAUGACCCAUUUUUGCACAAAUGGGGUCUGAUUGAAAUUCCAUAAUAAACUUUUUUCCAUAUAGUGUAUAUAGUUAAAGUGUGUGUGGUAGACCGUAUUUGAAAAUGUUAUUAUUUUUUUCUAGAAACUGUACACUGUUUGUGAUGUAGCGCUCUGUGUCAUGAAUAGUAAGAUCACCACCACUCAUGCUGAAGCUCCAAAGGACCCCGUAUUACCUACCAGAUUUUUUACACAACCAGAAAAGGUGAUGAUUUGUCUAAUAUUUGCUUGUGCAAUGUAUGAGAUUAAUUGAAAAAUGAAACAUGUAAUAAUGUGGCUAACUUGCUAAACAUUGAUUUGUGGUGACAAUCAACUUCAGCAGGGUUAUUUUGCAGCGGUGUCAUUUUGUCCUUCAUUUUUCUGUUCCAUUAUGUUUAGGAGAAUUUAUGGUUACAGGAGUAAACUCCAAGGUGUAAGAUUAUUUAAGGACCACUCCACACUCAUAAAGCACUUCAGCUUGCUUAAGUGCUUUGUUUCCUGAUAUGCUCUUGUUAAUUGUUCUUUAUAGAAGUGCAUAUUUCUCUUUGAAAUUGACAUUUUUAUAAAUAAACUUCUGAUUAUGUUCGGGAUUAAAUUUGCUCCAUUGAGUUGACAGGAGUGGCAGGCACACUCUUCCAAAACGCAUCUGCCUUCACUCCAACAUACAGUGUACCUGUAAGUACAGAGCUCAUUUUACCAGUUUGUUAGUGGCUGGAAGCUGUGUGCACACUGGAAAGCUGAGCUCUUGUAAGUGCACAUGUUUAUAGCGCAAAAUCAGAGGCUUAUCACUGAGAAGACUGUUGUAAAUUUUAUCGUCACAAGUCUGUCCUGCGGAUAAAAGGGGAAUGUUUUUAAAGGCUGCAGACACUUUUUUCACGCUGUUGUUGGCUAUACCUCCAGUGAAAAACUUUUAUAAAUACAUGCAUGUGUUUUUUGUUUUUCAUUUGAGGUAUAUGUGCAAGACAGUAUUUUUUAUUUCUUAAUUUAUGUUUAAAAAAAAAAAAAAAAAUAUAUAUAUAUAUAUAUAUAUAUAUAUAUAUAUAUAUAUAUAUAUAUAUAUAUAUAUAUAUAAUUUUUUUUUAUUUUUUUUUAUUUUAUUUUUUUCUCCAUGGUGGUGUGGUCUCCAUGUCUAUGGGAUAUGUAGUUCAGCUCUCAUAAGUAGUUCCAUCCCUCAGGUGAGGUCAAAGAAACUGCUGCCUAUGCUGAUAGCAGCUGUGUGUAGGGCAUUACUCACAGUUUUUUAAAUAAAGCUGUAGAUGCUCCCACAACCAACCUUUCUGGUUAAUAUCAUUCGGCUGUGAAGGAGUUUUUUUAGAUUUGUGGCAGUCAUGCAGCAUAUGUAUACAUCGUAGGCACUUGGAUUGGUUUGGGGGAAAUAUCCCCUUACUUCUGUGUGCAUGAGUGAAGGUGUGGGCUAAUAGCUGUUAUUUUUGCAAACCCCUGCAAUCAUAAGGACAUACAGUGUCUGUGAAAGCCCCAUAGAAAAGCAUUGAGGUGAUGCUGUCCUAUGGGGAGGGCCUAAUGCACUCCGAACAGUAUGGAUUCCCUUUAAACAUUGGUGGUUCUAUGGAUCUGAGUUGUUUUAGUGACUGACUUCUGUGAAUGUGUUGGGGAAAAUAAUACCUUAUUUUAUCUUCCAGGAUUUUUGCAAUGAUACUAGUUAUAUAUCUGAGGAAACCAGGAUUCUUUUGUUAACUGGAAAGGUAAGUUCAAAAAGUGUAUCUUAACAACACUAUAUUCACAAUUUGUCAUGAGUUUUAGCAAAAUUGUUCAUAACUCUCAUAGACCGUAGUGUGUAAAAUAAAACUUUAAAGGUUAUUCCUUGAACCCUAGCCAAUACAGGUUGCUAAAGUUCUUUUUGAGUAAAUGGCUGUCCCUUUUGUCUUAAUUUAUAAAAGUGCUUCUUUCAAGCACUUAUUUUCCAAAGUGCUUAUAAAUGUCCUAAGAUGCACCCUCCUGUCUGUCAGACAGUGGAAAGGGUGCUCUUCCUCAAGCUUCUCAGAGAUAAGUAUUAGAUUGGCGAAGCUUUUAACAUUUAUUUUGAGUUUUUGUAUUCUUUCCUUAAUCAUUUAUGGGAUCGAUUUUGUAAGUGUAACUGUUCUAACUUUUGUUUCCAUCUUUUACUUAGCCUAAACCAACAACCGUGCUUGGUGCAGUAAACAAGCCCCUUUCUGCCACUGGACGAAGACCUUACAAUAGAAGCACAGGGUCUGAAACACUGAGUAAUGUGAAUGUCCUCAUUGAGUCAGACUCACCAAUUGGCAUGAGGCAGAGGUAUGUCCCAAUUUGCCAACUAUAUAUUGGAAAGCUAAUACACAAUGUAAUUAUUGAAAUUGCUUGCUUCAGUAGCUUGACCUUUGCAAUAGCCUGCAGUGGGUAAGAUUUAGGACAAUAUUCAAUUUGUGUGAACUGGCAACAGAACUCUGCUGUGACACAACUAAUACAGAAGUGAACUACUGCCUGGCGACUGUGCUGAAACAGGGGCACAAACGAGCAUAUGUGGUGGGACUGUCCGUGUGUGAGCUCCUUUUGGAAGAGGGUGUCAGACAUAGUGUCCCAGAUCUUUCAAAGACAUGUGGAAUUGAACCCAUGGGUAUUUUUGCUGUCCAGGCCACUUAAUGAUUGGGUGGGAGCAGAGAAAAAAAAACACAUUCACAAAAUCACAUUAGCAGCCAGAAAUGCUCUUGCCCAAUCUUGGUUUUAAUCUAAAAACGCAACCCAUAGAAAUAGUGCUUUCGAAACUCAAAGAGAAUUAUUUGACGGAAAAAUUAGCUGCCCCAGUAAGGGGCUUUAUGAAGAUAUUUACAAAGCUAUAGUAACUGUGGGAGAUCUUCAUGGGGAAAGGGUAGGGUGAGAGACAGGGUCUAGAGGCUUGUGGCUCUGCUUCUCCUGAAGGCCAACCCAGCAUUUACAUUUCAAACACUAGCUUUGCUGCUCUGCGUUCUCUGCCUUUCUACUCUGGGAGGUUUAGAGGAAUGUAAUACUGAGCUGGUAUAAAUAUAGAGUGGUCCUUCUACAGAAUGUACACUGUAAUUAUCAAUAUAGGUGCCCCAAUGGAAUGCGGAAUGAUGUAUUGCUUAAAGGGAUCCUACAGUGCCAGGAAAACAAACCCAUUUUCCUGGCACUGUAAGCCCCUGUAGUGCCCCCCUCCUGCGGGGCUGAAGGGGUUAAAACCCCUUCAGCCACUUAUCUGAAUCCAGCGACGAUGUCCCUGGGCACUGGGUCAGGUUCCGCCCGUGCUGACGAGACCUAAUGUGCAUGUGAGGCAAUGGCUGUGCGCAUUAGACCUCCCCAUAGGAAAGCAUUAUUCAAUGCUUUCCUAUGGGGAAAUCUGACACUGGAAGUCCUCAUGCAGAGCGCGAGUCCGUUACGAUUUCGGAAGCCCUCUAGUGGCUCUGUCAGACAGCCACAGAGGGCAGACUUAGAGCUGCAAUGUAAACAUUGUUUAACUUUGCAAUACUAAGAGCGAAAUGGUCAUAGAACCCAUACUAUUUCAAUUAGCUGAAGUGUUCUGGGUGCUUACAGUGUCCUUUUAAUGUUAUAACCUGUGAAAAUUGAUGCUACAAUAUUAUCACUGUUUUGUGUUGAUUUAUGUAUCACCUGCUAUCCAAACUUAAAGAAUUGGAGAGGGCAGGGGUUUGAGUGAACCACUGCAUGGGUGGAGACCAUGCCAGCAAGGCUCACUCCAUCUAAAUUCCGUGUUUCUUUUGUAAAAGGUUUCUUUUUGUGUCGUGUAAUAUAAAGCAGCUACUUACUGUUCAGAGUUUUGUUUUGUUUUUUAUACGAUUUGCAUACAAUAUCAUAUCAACACAUGUACUUGUGAUAUUUAUUGUUGAAACAAGUGGGAAAAUGUAGCUCAUGUUUCUAAACAGAGCCUGCCUGCCCUGCUGAUAACAAUCAAUAUUUUUAUUUCAUUUGUCAACUUUUUCAGUUCUGAAGUGUCGAAAACCGGUGUUAGCGAAAAUGAUGAGCAUCCUGUGAGAAUUAUUUCUGUCACUCCUGCCAAAAUGGAGUCUGUCAAAAAUAAGGUACUGUAACCUUGUUUUGUUUUGUAUUUUCUCCUUCCCCCUUUGGGUUACAUAAGUAAACCUCAGUGAACUGCCAAAAUUCCUCCACAACGAUGUGAGAUACUAGUAAAGUCAUACAUAAAACGAUUACUUUGUUAUUGCUGCUAAAGGUGGUUCUACAAGCUGUUGAUCAUAAGAGGUACUUAGUUUUUCAUAUAUGGCUUCUCCAUUUUGACUUUAAUUUUGUUAAAUCAUUACAUGGUGUAAUAUGUCAUGUCAUGUUUAGUUUUUAUCUGAAGUUGUAUUUACCUAAUUUAGAGAGAGAGAGAAUUCAGAUAUAUGCUAGUCUUUUUUCGGGGGCUAGACACAAUAUUCUGCACUGUUUCGAGAGACAGUAGAACUUGCAUUAAUAAAUGUACAUGGUUGGCAGGAGGUGAAUUCAGAUCAGACAGCACCAACUAAUAUUGGUACUGAACGGGGAAAGAAAAGAUCUGCAUCAUCGCCAGGGACAGAAAAUAUACAUAAGGAGUCAGAGGAGAAGAAAACAGAAGAUCUUGGGCCUACAGCUCCACCUAAGCCAAGAAGAGGACGUCCACCAAAGUCUGAAUCUCAGGGGAGUGCAGCAAAAACUGAUGACCCCAAUAAGCCAGCUGGAAGAGGUCGGAAGAGGGCAGCAGCCAAUCAGGAAAGUCCUGGAGGUUUGGAUGCAGGCAAUGCAAAAGUACCAAAACAAGACAAAAAAACAGCACAAAGGCAAAUUGACUUGCAAAGGUAAUCUUUAGGGCUGUUUUUAUUGAAGUGGUCUGGGUUUUUAUCAAUGUAUAAAAUAAUACUGAAUUAUGCCAAUUCCAUUCUACUAGUUUAAAAUACUAUUAUAAUCUCAGGCUCUUCUCAGAAAAAGACGAAUAUAUAUUACUUAUUGUUUACAAGGUACAGGACAUUUUCCCCCUCAAUGUCCCAAAGUGAGGAAAGUUAGUGACCAAUGUUUUUUUGAGAUUCCAUGUAUUUAAUGGACUGUGCCACCCUGCUAGGAGAUAAUUACCAUUUUAACCCUUUAAGGACACAUGACAUGUGUGACAUGUCAUGAUUCCCUUUUAUUCCAUAACUUUUGUCCUUAAAGGGUUAAAGGAACAUUCCAGGCGCCAUAACCACUACAGCCUGCUGUACCCCUGCAUAAUCAUACAGUAGUCAAUCCAUUUUAGUACAGUUUGGCAAUUGGAUCAGUGAGGUUACUUUAAAAUUAAGAACGGUUGCCAAACUAACUACAUAUACAUAAUUUGAAUCCCUGUCAAAAAAAAAAAAAAAAAAAUAUAUAUAUAUAUAUAUAUAUAUAUAUAUAUUUAAAAUUAAAAAAAUCUUGGCACUGAUCCUAUUUAAAUGAAAAAUGUUUUUUUUCGCCUGGGUGCAAACCUCAGCGUAAAUAUAAAACAAAAAUAGAUGAGAGGUGCACUCACAGGUCUUGAUUCAAAGGUUCGUUUAUUUACUGGUGCAAAUUACAUGUGCAGAGGAAAAAAAUCUUUGAUCAACGUUUCGACCCCUAUAGGGGUCUUUUUCAAGAAAAUAUAUAUAUAUAUAUCAAAGAUUUUUUUCCUCUGCACAUGUAAUUUGCACCAGUAAAUAAACAAACCUUUGAAUCAAGACCUGUGAGUGCACCUCUCAUCUAUUUGUUAUAUAUAUAUAUAUAUAUAUAUAUAUAUAUAUAUAUAUAUAUAUAUAUAUAUAUAUAUAUAUAUAUAUAUAUAUAUAUAUAUAUAUAUAUAUAUAUAUAUAUAUAUAUAUAUGUGUAUAUAUAUAUAUGUGUAUAUAUAUAUAUAUGUAUGUAUUCACAUAUACACACACACACCUGUUUUUAUAUUAAGCAUAUCAAUGGAAAACAAGAAAUCCCAUCUGAGUAAGGUUUGUUGUAUUCUGACUGGCUGAAAAUAUGAAGCAGCCAAUCGGAGAUUUAACUGCCGUUUUCUAGCUGUUUUUAGUAUCUGCAUUAUCUAAAAUGGUGCUUCACCUGAGAGUCCCAUAACUUUUAUGUGCUUAUUUAUCAUAUCCAAUAUCAUCAUGGACUCAUUGACUAUUUGAGUUGGUUAAAGAAAGGCAUGUUGCCAUUAUUAUAAUCAGAUUCAUUUCAUGGUAAUAAAUACAUAGUUUUCUUCCCAGCAGCCAGUUUCUAGGGAGUGAAGGAGAUUCCUUGUGGGAGAUAGAAUCAAGUCCAGGAUAUUCUUCUGCUGAUGCAGACCUGUUUAGUGAAUGUGUGAGCAGUCAAGAUGCAGAGGACACACAGCUAGAAGAAAGAGGAUACCUGAAGGUGCAGCAGAUAGUUUGAGUUUUUUGUUACUACAUCAGCACCAGGAGUUUAUCAGAUGUUACCUCCCUGAUUACACCAUUUAACUAAUAAUUUUCCUUUCUUUCUUCAUAAUAACUCUUCGAAUCAUCCUCAUCUGGAUAAUUAAAUUGACACAACCAGAAUUUCCAGAUAUGUAUUCCUGGGUUAUUUCUCAGCAGGUAUGCAUGGACAGACCUGAUUAAUAUUGGUAGGCAGGUAGCAGUGGAGGCUGUUGAGGUUUAAAUUUGACUUGUUGGCCUGUGCCUAUUUAAACCUAUGUUUUCAACCUCUGACCAAAGGGGUGGUCAUGCCCUCACCGUAAAACUACCUAAAAUUGGGAAACCACAUCCACUUUAAAGAAGUCCAUUUCCACCACCACCCAUGUUACUACCCAAUGAGAGCCCUAGAAUGCAAAACAAUACACAACCCUGUCUUUUGGGGUUUCUAUAAUGGGAUGCCUUCAUUCAAAGUCAAUUAGAGAUUUCAAAAGUCAUGUUAGAGCAUACUAAGCCUGUCUGUGCCUGUCCAGAGAAUGGAACCUUUGUCAAAAAUUCCUUUAACACGGUGAUCAGCCUUGUUUUUCUGUUUGUUUUUUCUUCUUCCUAUAGAAUAAUAUAUGUAGGUUCACUUAAUUACUUAAAUAACACCUAUAACACAAGCAUAAUAGCACUGAGUGAAAUUUAAAAACAAUCUUUGAGAAAAAUCCUCUUAAAACUGCUCUGUCAACUUCUGUGUACUUUGAAUGUUUUCUAAAGAACCUCAGUGGCGACAUCGCCAUUUGGUUUGCUAUGGCACAGGGAUACAGGGAAAUGUACCUGUCCCUCACAGCUGCUACCAUCUUGAUUGGUUGCAUUCUCUUCCAAGAGUUGUCUUCAAAGCUGUAUUCUCACACAUGCACGAGAGUACACCACUGAUCACUAGUGAUGGCUGAGGGCUUGACACGUUCUGGUAACAUACAUAAGAUAAAGUAGUCCCUUCUUUGUUUUAUGAUAUAUUUUGACUUAGCGUUGGCCAUCACUGUCAAUGGUUCAUAGACAUAUUUGUGGAAGCUCUAUCGAUUGGACCCCAUACACUGUAUUUGAUAAAGAGUAUAGUUACACCCAGUGAACAUGGCUGACAGGACUGAUAUUUAAUAACAUUUGUUUCUCUCUUGAUUACAGAUUGUGCUUGUAAAUAGAAAUGCUACAUUUGUUUUAGUUGAUUGUUGCUUAUUCUGUUUUUAUUUUCUUUAAAGGUAAAAAGAAAAGUCCUCUGCAAGGGAAGAAAAUGAAUGCCUGUUACUAGGCAUGUUCUCCAUACUUCAAAAUCUGUUUUCUUCACAGAUAUAUUAAUUGCUUUCUACCUUUAAUUAUAUAAACUAAAAAAAGAAACUGCUUUCCCAACCAGGAAUCCUUUCUGCGGAUCUGAAAAACUCACAAGGAUAAAUUCUCAGAUUCUCUGAGACAUUUUUUUUUCCUUUCCUUUUAUGAAGAUUUAAAGAAAUAUGUUGCUUAACACCAUGAUAUUCUAUUAUGAUGAAAUGCAACAAAGCAUUACAUCUUUAACUCUUUAAAUGGUCUGGCAGCACGUUAGACUGUCUGUGCUUUACUUUGCUUUACAAAACCCAUCCAGGAUACCUUUUAAUGAUUUUGUGGAUAUUCAAGCGGCUUACAUUCUAGUGCGAAUUGACUCCUGCUAAUUGGAAUUUAACUUUUGCUCUGCUGGAGCGCUUGAAGGCACACAACUUACCCAAGGAAAGGGAGCAUUGAAGAUAUUUUUGCUUCAUCUUUGGUAACUGUCUCAUGUAAAGUUUGCUGCCACUGUGCUUUUCAAAUAGAGCAAGAUGUACAGUUUUUUUUUUCCCCCUUAUUUUUGGGAGGUUAGGGUGUUUUUUUGUUUGUUUGUUUUUUUAUUCUCUUGAUUUGCAAAGUUACAUGGUAGCAGAUUUUCAUACUUUUUAUCAAUUUCCCCUCCACAAAGUGGGGGGAAACUAAAAUAAAUUUUAGUCUGAUUGAUUUAUGGACAUUUCAGGAAACCAUUUCUUUCAUCUUUGUCAUGUUCGGUUAAUAUAAUUUUGAAAAUGUACAUAUUGGUGUUUGUUUUAUAUUACAUAUAUCACCUUUAAAAUCCCCUUUUACGGAAGAGCUCUUGUUGGGAUACUGUAUGAACUGACAGUCUGGCGUUUGAUUUUAUAAUGUUGGUCAGCAGAUUUUUAUUAACAAUGUAAAAAAAAAAUCAAUUUUUUAAUAGAUUAAAUUAGGCAGCUUUAUUAAAAAAAUAAAUUUGAAUAUACUGGCUGUUCAAUUUUUAGAUAUUUUGCCGUUCUGAAUUCCAUGGUUAAAGUUUUUUGUCUCCCUAUCAAAACAAAUUUUAAAGGUUUUUAUUUUAGGUUACUAGGUUUGCACUCAGCAUUUUGUCAUAGAUAGAGUGGACACUUAUGUGUGCACCAAAUGCUGUAUGUACACAGUGUAUGUACACAUGGUCAUAUUUAAGUUUGUUGCAUACAAUAAACGCUUCUAGGUGUCAUCUUGUGUUCAUUAUUUUUCUUUUUUUUCCUCUCCAUCCUUCAACAUUUACAUGUACCUGUCACAGUUCUGUUUGGUUUCAUUACUUCUAUAAGGAGAAUGUUUCAUAAGCCUUGUAAAAUAAUCCCAUCUGGUCUAUGAUUAAAGCAUAGCGAGUACGAUGUGGAAAAAGUGCACUUCUUGAUGAUACUAAAUAAAAACGAACAAGUAUAGCAGCUGCUCAUCAGUAUUUCUGAUCUACAGCUGCAAUAUUUCUGUGCCACUGUGUCUGUGCAUCCUUCCUCUUGUCAGGGACAAGAGUUGGAAAUUUCAGGAAAUAUGUCACAAUACCAGAUGGCAGGGUUUCUUUUAAUACCUGCAGAAAAAAGAAACUAACGUCUUCAAAUUGCAGUUACAUACGCAAGAUUGAUUGCCUUUGCUGCAUGGAAUCUAUACAUUUUUAGUUGACAAAGUAAUAAGGCUGUGUAAAAAAAUAAAAAAAAACCCAAUAAAAAAGUAAAAUUAACGCUGACUGCUCCCAAUGCAUUUGUUAUUCCAAUCCAGUUUUUAAUUUCCAGUAAAACUAAUAGACUGAAGUGACAUUAAUUGGGAAUAAUCUAUAGAAUUUAUAAAUGAGUGGUUUGGGAGGGGGUGCAGCCCAUUUGACAUUUGUACACCCAUUCCUUUUAUAAUCUAG